AUGUGUAGCAGGCCCGUUAGGAAAUACUGUUUCAACAGGAGUGACAAUGAUAUGCAUAUCAAGAAUGUUGUCGGAUAUGUUGGAGGCUUGUUGGGCACAAGAAAAUUGUUUAUUGCUGAGUAUGAAGUGGAAGUAGGAUACCGAAUAAAAGAUGCCAGUAAACUGUUGGUCCACUCAAAAUCAAAGGAGGUUCUUCUCCUUGGGAUAUGGGGAAUGGUGGGUAUUGGGAAAACAACAAUUGCCAAAGCCAUGUAUAAUGAAAGUUGUAGUAAAUUUGAGGGUAAAAGCUUCUUGGCAGAUAUUAGGGAAGUAUGGGAGCAAAACACAAGUCAUGUUUAUUUACAAGAACGUAUUCUUUUAGAUAUCCUCAACUUACCAAAAAUAAGAAUAGAUAACAUCGAAAUUGGAAAAAAGAUGUUAAAGAAAAGGCUUUCUAAUAAAAAAGUUCUUCUUGUACUUGAUGAUGUGAAUAAAAAGGAGCAGUUGAAUGCUUUGUGUGGAAGUAGUGAAUGGUUUGGUCCUGGGAGUAUAAUAAUAAUCACGACAAGAGAUAGAAGUCUACUUCAGGAUCAUAGAGUUGACCAUGUGUAUAGAAUGAAAGAAAUGAAUAAAAAUAAAUCUCUCGAGCUUUUUAAUCGGUAUGCAUUCAAAAAAGCGUCUAAUAGGCAAUAUCUUGAUGAACUUUCUAAAAAUGUAGUUGCUUAUGCUGGAGGAUUGCCACUAGCUUUGGAAGUCCUUGGCUCCAAUUUUCUUGGAAGCUUGGAGAGUAUUCCCGAUGGACUCAUAGACUCUCCUCAUCCUGUGCUGCAGAAGGUUCUGAAAAAAUGCGUGGAAGAUUUAAAUGAUACAGAGAAAGCCAUAUUCCUUGAUAUAGCUUGUUUCUUAAUUGGGAUGGAUCAAGAAGAGGUGAUCCAAGCAUUAAAUGCCUUUGGAGACUUGGCCAAAGAUGGAAUAAAAGCCCUUGAGGAUCGAUGCUUUAUAACAUUUGAUGAGAUGAACAAACUUAGAAUGCAUGUUUUGCUACGAGAUAUGGGAAGAGAAGUCAUUUAUGAGCAAAGGGGAGGAGAUCCUGCGUCAUGGAUCUAUGAUGUGUUCUUGAGUUUUAGGGGAGAAGAAACUCGUGCAACAUUCACCUCACAUCUCUACACUUCUCUUGCAAAUGCUGGAAUUUAUGUCUUUAGGGAUGAUGACGAGAUCCGGAGGGGAGAUCGAAUCUCCAUUUCACUACUGCAAGCAAUCAGAGCAUCUAGAAUUUCUGUAGUUGUGUUGUCAAGGCAUUAUGCAAAUUCAAGGUGGUGUCUGCAAGAGCUGGAGAACAUAAUGGAGUGUCGCAGGGCCAUAGGUCAGGUGGUUGUGCCUGUUUUUUAUGGUGUAGAUCCCUCUAAUGUGAGGAAUCAAACAGGUCUAUUUGGAGAAGCUUUUCAAGAUCUUUUAAAAAGAUUUUCAGUGGAUAGAGACAAGGAGAAGAGGUGGAGAAAAGCGCUUCAUCAAAUUGGUUCCAUUGCAGGAAUUGUGAUCAUAGAUUCCAGGAAUGAAAGUGAGGAUAUCAGUUUGAUUGUUGAAGAUAUCUCUGCUUUGCUAGAUGAUACACUCUUAUUUGUUGCACAACAUCCCGUAGGUGUAAAAUCUCGUGUGCAGCAUGUGAUUAAACUACUAAACCACCAAUAUGCAAAAGAUGUUCAACUGUUUGGAAUAUUGGGAAUUGGAGGAAUCGGAAAAACAACCAUUGCCAAAGCCAUUUACAAUCAAAUUCAUCGUGAUUUUGAGGGUUCUUCCUUCCUCGAGAAUAUUAGGGAAUUCUGGGAACUAAUAACUGCUCGAGUUAAUUUACAAGAACACCUUCUUUCUGACAUCUACAAAACAACGAAAAUAAGGAUACAUAGCAUUGAAUUUGGAAAAACUAUGUUGCAGCAAAAGCUUCGUCAUAGAAGGGUGCUUGUUAUACUUGAUGAUGUUGAUGAACUAGACCAACUAAAAGCUUUGUGCUGGAGCCGUGAAUGGUUUGGUCCAGGGAGUAGAAUAAUCAUCACAACAAGAGAUGAAAGUCUACUUAGAGUGCUUAAUGUUGGCCACAUAUCUAGAAUGUCAGAAAUGGACAAUGAUGAAUCUGUUGAGCAUUUUUGUUGGCAUGCAUUCAAACAAUCAAGUCCCAAAGAGGAUUUUGCUGAGCUUUCCAUAGAUGUAGUUGCAUACUGUGGAGGAUUGCCACUAGCUCUUGAGGUUAUUGGAUCUGUUUUGUUUGAUAAGAAUGUAAAAGAGUGGGAAAGCCUAUUGGAAAAACUAAAAAAAAUUCCAAAUGAUAAAGUACAGAAAAAGCUAAGAAUAAGUUUUGACAGUUUAAACGAUGAUACAGUAAAACAAAUAUUCCUUGACAUAGCUUUUUUCUUUAUCGGGAUGGAUCGGAAUGAUGUAGUACAUAUCUUGGAUGAAUAUGACGCUGAAAUUGGAAUUAGUGUUCUUGUUGAUUGA